GAGCUGCUGAUACAAAGGAGAUGAGGAGAACUAGGAUGAUGAGAUUUCCUCUGGUACUGAUUUAUUUUGCCACUGUAUUUGCUGUUCCAGCCUCUCCGCUGUUAUGCACUGAGUGUAUAGGGGGAACUAACUGCACAGACACAAAAUGCGCGAGUGGAGAAUAUUGUAUCAGUUGGUACAUUGAAGAAACCAAUGAUGUAAAUGAAACAAAGACUCUGAUCCGAUCGUGUGCGCCAAUAGAGCAAUGUGAUUUCUCUGCAAGCAUCGGUUUCGCCGGGGGAAGUAUCAAGAUGGUCAGCUCUUGUUGUAACACUGACAACUGUACUCCUCAAUUACCCCCAUUGCCCUCUGACAGCUCCGAGUUGAUUGAAAUUUCAUGCCCGACCUGCACAGAUUCUGAUUUCACUGCCUGUAACAGCGAGGAUACAAUACAAUGCAUCGACAAGGAGAGUACGUGCAUUGAGUACUCAAGCAUAUCAGGAAACAGCACAAAGGCAGUCCGUGGUUGCGCCACCAGAAGUUCCUGCGGUCCUGGUGGCCUUGAUGGUCUCGAGCCCCUGUUUGUGAACAUUGGAGGGUUUAAUCUUACAUUUAAAUGCAGCAAUGCUAAAAUAACUGACUCUUCCACUUCCUGCACAGAGUGCAAAUCUUCGGGUUCCUCGUGCACAGGCAAUAGCGUGACUUGUUCCUCGGGGGAUGUGUGUACAACACGUCACAAAGUAGAAAUUCAAGGUGGAGUCAAGAUGGAAAGCAUAGUCAGGACGUGUGGAAUGCAAAGACACUGUGAUGGUUUAGUAAGAAAAAGCCGUCCUGGAAAAACAACAACUGAAAGCACCACCUGUUGUUACACCAACAAUUGUACACCAGCCAUCAAAUCACAUAGCAACCAAACCAAUGGACUGAUAUGCGAUAGUUGCACUGCUGAAAAUCCAAAUACUUGUGAGAAGGAGGAAACUAUGGAAUGCAGUGGGGAUGAAAAUGUGUGUUUUGAGGAAUUAACAGUGUUUACAGACUUGAAAUAUGUAUAUGGUUGUGCGACUAAAAGUAUUUGUGAAAGAGUAGAUUUUUCUGGGAAUGAAACAGUUAGUUAUACCUGCCAGAUUCCAAGAGCAGCAAAUAGUGCACUUGGAAGUACAAGUGUGAGAAAUGUACCUACUGGGGACCCAACUGCAAGUCGUAGAUCUGUACCUACUGGGGACCCAACUGCAAGUCGUAGAUCUGUACCUACUGGGGACCCAACUGCAAGUCCUGGAUCUGUACCUACUGGGGACCCAACUGCAAGUCCUGGAUCUGUACCUACUGGGAACCCAACUGCAAGUCGUAGAUCUGUACCUACUGGGGACCCAACUGCAAGUCCUGGAUCUGUACCUACUGGGGACCCAACUGCAAGUCGUAGAUCUGUACCUACUGGGGACCCAACUGCAAGUCGUGGAUCUGUACCUACUGGGGACCCAACUGCAAGUCGUGGAUCUGUACCUACUGGGGACCCAACUGCAAGUCGUGGAUCUGUACCUACUGGGGACCCAACUGCAAGUGUUGGAUCUGUACCUACUGGGGACCCAACUGCAAGUCGUGGAUCUGUACCUACUGGGGACCCAACUGCAAGUCGUGGAUCUGUACCUACUGGGGACCCAACUGCAAGUCGUAGAUCUGUACCUACUGGGGACCCAACUGCAAGUCGUGGAUCUGUACCUACUGGGGACCCAACUGCAAGUCGUGGAUCUGUACCUACUGGGGACCCAACUGCAAGUCGUGGAUUUGUACCUACUGGGGACCCAACUGCAAGUCGUGGAUCUGUACCUACUGGGGACCCAACUGCAAGUCCUGGAUCUGUACCUACUGGGGACCCAACUGCAAGUCGUAGAUCUGUACCUACUGGGGACCCAACUGCAAGUCGUAGAUCUGUACCUACUGGGGACCCAACUGCAAGUCGUGGAUCUGUACCUACUGGGGACCCAACUGCAAGUCGUGGAUCUGUACCUACUGGGGACCCAACUGCAAGUCGUAGAUCUGUACCUACUGGGGACCCAACUGCAAGUCGUGGAUCUGUACCUACUGGGGACCCAACUGCAACUGCCGGAUCUGUACCUACUGGGAAUCCAACUGCAAGUGCUGGAUCUGUACCUACUGGGAAUCCAACUGCAAGUGCCGGAUCUGUACCUACUGGGAAUCCAACUGCAAGUGCCGGAUCUGUACCUACUGGGGACCCAACUGCAAGUCACGGAUCUGUACCUACUGGGAAUCCAACUGCAAGUGCCGGAUCUGUACCUACUGGGGACCCUACUGCAAGUGCCAGAUCUGUACCUACUGGAGACCCAACUGCAAGUGCCAGAUCUGUACCUACUGGGGAUCCAACUGCAAGUGCCAGAUCUGUACCUACUGGGGACCCAACUGCAAGUGCCAGAUCUGUACCUACUGGGGACCCAACUGCAAGUGCCAGAUCUGUACCUACUGGGGACCCUACUGCAAGUGCCAGAUCUGUACCUACUGGAGACCCAACUGCAAGUGCCAGAUCUGUACCUACUGGGGACCCAACUGCAAGUGCCAGAUCUGUACCUGCUGGGGACCCAACUGCAAGUGCCAGAUCUGUACCUACUGGGGACCCAACUGCAAGUGCCAGAUCUGUACCUACUGGGGACCCAACUGCAAGUGCCAGAUCUGUACCUACUGGGGACCCAACUGCAAGUGUCGGAUCUGUACCUACUGGGAAUACAAGUGCAAGUGUGGUAACUGUACACAUUACAAAUACCAGUGCAAAUCUGGGCAGCACAGGAAGAACUACUGGAAGUAGCACAGGAACUACAAAGACCACCACUGUGUCAGCAACAAGUGGCAGUGCAGAGAUAUCCAGCAGAUGUAUCGGUACCUCAGUUGGUGUUUUCUUUAUUUUAUAUAUGUGUUGUGUACUAUAAGCCAUCUUCAGGACAAUGGUUUUUGUUAUUUCUUAAAAAUGACCUACACCUAAAAUAGAUUUGUGUAUACAAAUUGUAAUUAGUAGUUCCAAAUCCCUCCUGUAUGUCUAAACAAUCUAAG